AUGGGGCGGUCCAUGGGGAAAAUGAAGGCGAAGGAUGACAUAGACCGCAGACUUGCCAAACAAUGGGAGUUGAUCACGGUGGUUCGGAACCGUGUCCGCAAGGGCAAGGAGUGGCUCAAGAUACCCCAAACAGAAGAUGGAGAGUUUAUUAUGUGUUCCAAAACCAUCCACUUCAACCACCAAGUUCUGCUAGCAGUGCUUGACAAGUUUGGCCUUGAACGUCAGACUUUGAAAGUGAAGUUCCUGAAUGAGUUUCUUGGGCACGUGCCUGACGUCGAGAAACAGCCCUACUUGGACAGUUGGCACAUUCGCAGGAUGCUGACCUUUGCCAGUCGCCGGCAAAGGGAUUGCGCCCGGCGAGGGCAAACUCCUCGGGAUUUUGGUGUGCGAUUCGUGUUGGAGAAGAUUGCAGAGUUGAGGAAGCUUGAACCACCCGCAAAGCGCAAAAGGGGGAAAACCCCGAGCCCUAGCAAAGGGAAUGACUGGGAAGAUCCCGGGGAUGACGAUCCACCAAGUGACGUUCCUAUCCCAAGAGUUGUUGAGAUUGAUGACAGUGAUGAGGGCACCCGCCCCGAAACUGUGAAGAGUUCAUCCCGCAAGAAGGCUCGAACCAAGGCAGCCUCGACCACACAACCAACUCCCAAGAAGCUUUUCAAAUCCCCCAAGAAAACAACCCGAAAGGUCACAGAAGAACGGAGCCCAAAGGAUGUCCCUGAGAUCAAACCAGACCCCACUUCCUCAUCCUGUGGGGCCUCAAAGAUGCAAAGACUUCAGCAGUUGAAAUCGGAGAUUGGGGACCUCGUGCAAAACCUUGGGUAG